CUCAUUCACAAUUCAAAUUCUUAUAUUUCCUUACUCCCCUGUGACGUUCUGCGUGAUUCUAGUAUCGAGUAAGACGUUCCGAAUGGCCACCGUCACCUCCUCCGCCGUUGCCGUUCCAUCAUUCAGCGGUCUCCGAGCCAAUGCCGCAAAAGUUAACGGCACCCAGAAGCUGAUGGCUUCUCCAUCCCAAAGGGUGAGCUCCGGCGUUAAGGCUUCCCUCAAGGAGGUCGGAGCAGCCUUUGUGGCCACCGCCGCAACCGCCAUGAUAGCCAGCAACGCCAUGGCUCUCGAGGUUUUGUUGGGUGGUGAUGACGGAUCUCUUGCCUUCGUCCCCAGCAAUUUCUCAGUGAGCUCCGGCGAGAAGAUCGUGUUCAAGAACAAUGCUGGUUUCCCACACAACGUUGUGUUUGAUGAGGACGAGAUUCCCGAAGGAGUGGAUGCUUCCAAGAUCUCCAUGCCGGAGGAAGAGCUUCUGAAUGGCCCCGGAGAGACGUACAGCGUCUCCUUGGUUGAGAAGGGGACUUACGCUUUCUACUGUUCGCCUCACCAAGGAGCUGGUAUGGUGGGCAAAGUCACCGUUAAUUAAUUAAAAUGAAGCCUUCUUUUUUUCUAUUUUCUUUUGUAUUGUCUUUUUGUAGCAAUGGUGUAUGAGAUGAACUAAUAUAUAUGAAAUGCACUCAUGUAAUUCAUUUGCUCUCA